UUCCUUUCACACCAGCCCCUCUGGAGGCCUUGACAACCUGAGCGGGGCCUGUGGGGGCCGCAGCUUCUGGGGUGUGGGAAGGAGACCCAGCAGGCCAGCUGGGACCCCCUGGAUUCCCCUGGGACCUGGGCAUUCCUGGGCUGGGGCGCCCUUCUAUGUACAUUCGCACAUGCUCCGUGCACACUGGAACCGCCGGGGGGACAGGAAAGUGUCCAACAAACACAUUCACCUUGACGCGUCAGAGCUGGCUAGAACUGUCCCAGGAGAAUUCACUCUGUAAGCCAACGUGAUGGUGAAUCUCAGCGAGCCUAAUGGAAGACUCUGGAGGCGGCGGGGACGGCGGCUGCAGCAGCAUUCUCGCCAGCUCCCGCUCCAGCUCUCUGCAAGAGUCAGCCUCCCUGCCCUGCCCACCACCAUGGACGUCUUCAAGAAGGGCUUCUCCAUCGCCAAGGAGGGUGUGGUGGGCGCCGUGGAGAAGACCAAGCAGGGGGUGACGGAAGCGGCCGAGAAGACCAAGGAGGGGGUCAUGUAUGUGGGAGUCAAGACCAAGGAGAAUGUGGUGCAGAGCGUGACCUCAGUGGCUGAGAAGACCAAGGAGCAGGCCAAUGCUGUGAGUGAGGCCGUGGUCACCAGCGUCAACACAGUGGCCAUCAAGACGGUGGAGGAGGCGGAGAACAUUGCCAUCACCUCCGGAGUGGUUCGAAAGGAGGACCUGCAGCAGCCUGCCCCCCCGCAGGAGGACACGGCCGCCAAAGCGGAAGAGGAAGCGGCUGAGGAGGCCAAGAGUGGAGGAGACUAGAGGGAUGCAAGUCGGCCAUGGAGGCCCUGAGGAGCAGCCCUCUGCCUCGGACCCCACCCCCUCCUGGCACGUGGAGUGCCCAGCCCUGGAGAGUGACCUGGGUUGCCCAUGUUCCUGCGCCCACACCCGGCCACCUGCAGGCCUGCCCUCCUAAGCUGCCUCUGACGCCUUCACCUCCUUCACUCCCUUCCUCGCGGCCUCCGCCCCCUGGCCCUUCUGACCCCACGGAUGCUGCUGUGAAAUUUGGUUUUUAAUGAUUCCAAAUAAAAUUCAAGUCUUCCCCCCUGGCCAUAUGUGCCCAUGCUUCCACUCUGGGCUGCCUCAUCCAGGAACAGGAGCUGGGCCAGUCAGCUGGUGGGUCUGGGAAAC